CAUUGGUGGGUUUACCUAGACUAGGCAUCACAGAUCGGUUGAACUCUGAAGCAUGGCAUUGAGCGGAAAUGCUCCUUACUUGCGAUGUCGACAUCCAGGCGCAGACACACACACACACAUACACAUGCACACACCAAAGGAGUCGACUUGGAGCAUGCGGAAGCAUGUAGUUAGUUUAAUUACUGAACACAUUUUAUUCGCAAAAGCAGACACCAUUUGGCUCAAGUCAGGGGUGAUACCACUGUGUCAAUUGGAAAGUGGCCUGAACGGUUUUGGACCGCUUUUUCUUUUCUGUUCCUCGACCCUUUUGUGACUUCGUCCUUUGGUCGCUUCCGGCGCCUUCCCCGACUUGGAGGACCCAGCAAAAGUCCAGGACAAAACCCCAAUCCACCUCUGGAAAGAAGUGGUACGCCAGACACAGUGCCACCUUUCGGCCCACACUCGCCGUGCCAUGCUUGCUCACCUCGUUGGCCCACCACUUCGGACCCCAUUGAUCUCCGACAACCAUUAGCCAGUCAACUCGAUAAAUGCCGACGGCCACAGCCGGUCUCCUUUCGUCAAGGAGGCUGCCAAUUGGCCUUCUCUCACAUCAAGAGGGCUGACAACAUGGCAAAUGAUACGAAGAACAUGGUGCUUGGUGAAGUGGGUUUUCCAGGAACCAUAUCUUUCUCCCCAGGGAGGCGGUUGACUACCUCGUUGGGGGCGGACGCCUAGGGUGUCCAAACCGUCGGAAAUUCGUGUGACUGCUUACGUGGAUGGAUGCCGGACGACCAUGCUUCUGGUGCGUCAGCGUUUUGGCACAGGGUGCCCAGUGUCUGUUUCUUCUGGGAGCUACAAGUGCCUUACUAGUAGUAACAAGUGCCUUACUAGUAGCUUCUUGUGCCACGCUAGUAGUAACAGGUGCCUCUCUCAGUUUAUGUGCUUCUUGGCUCCCUGGUACGGAGCGUUGGCCGGUGGAAUGGAGACGGGCCCCUUCGUCCCGUCAGGCCGCAGGUCCAGUGGAUCCCGUGAGUCCCGUUGGGACCGUUGGUCCCGUUGCUUGGGACUCGUGUAGCGGACCAUUCCCGAAUGGAGGCGACCAUGCUAGCUUACGGGGAAGCCUGUUUGAACACAAACUCCCAUAGAAGACACUUUAUCGCCAUUCAAGAAAAAACGGCUCUUGCUGCUGCCUUUUCUUUUUCUAUUAUGGACUUGAUGUUUCCAAGUGAGCACAUUUCUUUCCUUGGUGCACAAACAUGGAUUGAGAACCAUAGGCAUCUCUAAAAACUUUUUCCUCUUGCUGAUGGAUGUAAGGCCCGCGGCCAAUGUCAUCCCCACAGAAUCAAACUCCGCCUUUCGUCCUGGAUGCUGCCGGUGUGAGGAUUUCUCAGCGCUGGCAGAGGGCUGCACUAUGUGCAGCUGCAGGAGCUGGUGCAAGGCAACGUCUCAGAGAGGAGACCCACCAAAGCCGUGGGCAGUUGGUGCGACAGCUUCUGCGGCUGCUGCGAGGUAGGGAUUUUCUUUGGCUUGGCCUUGGCUGCGCAGGCUUGGUGCUCUCGUCUUUGGCUGAACUGGCCUCUCCACCCUUAGCUGCAGCAGCACUCUUCUCAGCCGUGCAGGGCAGGCAUCACCUUUUGCUGCCACGCUGUGCGGCCGUGGCGGGUGUCGCUGUGUUGAGCGGCGCUGCGGAAGGGCUGCGGAACUUUUCCUUUAACAUGCUGAGAAGCAACUUAGUAGCGCGCUUGAGGCAAGAGGCUUUUGGCGUUUUGAUGUCACAGGAGCUGAGCUUCUUUGACGAAGCGGAUGGAGAGUUGACCUCUCGUUUGAGCUCCGACUGCAUGUCGGUCUACUCCUACUUGAGUGAUGUGCUCAGCUUUUUUCUUCGCUCCGGAGCUGUGGCGCUUUGCAGUCUAUUGGAACUUCUGCGACUAUCACCCAGUAUCACAUGGCGCGUGCUUUUGAUGUUGACAUUGGUCAUGGUUUGUGCUGAGUGGUAUGGCAGAGUAACCCGCUCCACUGGACGCAAGACGCAGGAUGCCUUGGCCGAGCUGGGCCGUAUCUCCAGCGAAGCGCUGCAACUGCUACGAACGGUGCGGGCACUAGGUGCUGAGGAUUUACACAAACGUCUCUUCAAGCAGCAGAAUGCAGUCAUCAACGAGACACAACGUCGAAGAGGCAUGGCGCUUGGUAUUUUCUCGGCUGCCAGCAAUGGUUUGGGACUGCUACUGCAGAUGGUGAGCCUGCUGAUUGGAAGCAGCUUGGUGUUGGCUGGCUCAAUGACAGCACAGGCCUUGGCCACCUAUUUGCUGUAUUUGGACACAGCAGUGGACAGUGCACUUGAGCUGGGGAUCGAGUGGUCCUCCUGCAAUGACGCCCUGGGCUCUGCCGAACGAGUCUUGAGACUCCUGGCAGAUGGUCCAGUGUUUGAGCCUGCAGGGCACUGCCCAGGUGCGGUGUCUGGAGAUGUCCUUUUUGACUCCGUGUCUUUCACCUAUCCUUCGCGGCCGAAGCACCAGGUACUUGAAAAGGUCUCCUUGCAUUGUGCCGCUGGGAAGACCACAGCACUGGUGGGCUUCAGCGGCUCAGGCAAAUCGUCUUUGAUAAGCUUGUUGCUCCGCUUUUACGACUUGGAGGACGGGCAAGGCAUAUUGAAGUUCGACAACGCUGAUGUGCGACAUUUGGACCGCGUUUGGUUGAGAAGACAGAUGGGACUUGUGCCCCAAAGUCCCAAGCUGUUUCGUGGCACCAUAGCGGAAAACAUUGCAUGGGGGCAGCCCUGUGUAACUCAAGCUGAAGUGCAUGCCGCAGCAGAGGCUGCCAUGGCAGCGGAGUUCAUCGCGGAGUUGCCUGAGGGCUUUGACACGAUUUGCUCCGACGAGAAGCUUCUGUCCGGAGGCCAGCGACAACGUAUCGCUUUGGCCCGAGCCCUCUUCCGGGAUCCUGCUGUUUUGCUCCUUGACGAGCCAACCUCAGCACUUGACCCCAAGUCCAGCGCAUUGGUGUCUCAAGCUCUGGAGCAGGCAAAGUGGUCAGAGAGCAGGAAGUGCCCACGGACAAUGAUUAUUGUGGCGCACGACCUGCGAUUGGGUGCUGUGCAGAGCGCGGAUCAGAUUGUGGUCAUGGAUGGAGGCCGAAUCUUGGAACGUGGAGGCCAUGCUGAACUCCUGGAGCUGAAUGGCAGCUACAAGCGGCUGAUGGAAGAUCAGCGACUUCCAACCGAACACACUCCACGAAUUUGACUGGGAGGACAAAAGGUCCACGCACAGGGGAACUGGAGUCUUGGGUAUAGCAUGGUAUAGCAGAUAUUGGAUCGUCCUGCGCGUUUGGCUUGAUG